AUGAAGACUACGAACAAACGACGAGCUCAGGCGGUCCCUGACCGACUGGGAAUUCGCCAGAAUCAAGUAUGCCUUCCCGACAAGGUUAUUGACGACGUACCCUCUUGCGCAUAUUCAUGUAUACUACAAUUCGUUCUCAAGAAUUAUCACGACACGACAUGCGCGGCCACUUCCAAUCUCGACCUUCUUUGUGUCACUCAGACAGUGUCCGGUCAGACUCUAGGCGAGGCAUCGCUACAGUGUGUCGCAUCAUACUGCUCCAAUGAGGUCAAUAAUACCGUACUAUUGUCCGCCUACAGAGUUUGCGAAGAUGUCGACAACGCGGUCCCGAAUACCGCAUCCGUAAUCAAUGCGACAAUCAGGCCAGCAACUCCGCAAGCGCCUACAGUUCAGAACGCUGUGCCAACAAUUCAGAGUGUGGCACCUACAGCUGCAACAAACCCGCCGGCGCAGGCGACUCCAGCGGCGACAGGUAUUGAGGCUGGAGGCAGAUCUACCUCCAUGGUCAUUUCCGGAGACGGCAUGUCAGUCACGAUGGAAGUCAUGAUGAUGGCGACACCAUCAGCCCCAACUGCGACUCCGACCAUGACUUCGAACGGGUCAAGUUUUGUGCCGGAGCAAACAGGAAGUUCGCAGGGCUUGUCAAUGGCUCAGGUUGCUGGUAUUGCGGCGGGCACUGGCGUUGCUGCUGUCAUUAUUGUUGCAGUCAUAUUCAUAUUCUGCAGACGAAGGCAGCGCGCAAAGCAAACCAAGACAGGUUCAGCGAAAGAGGACGCAAUAGCAGACAUCCCAGACCGAAGAAGCAGACCAGCUAUGAGCACUUCGCCGAACACUGUCGUUUCUCCAAACAAACGCCGCAGCUUCUGGCGCAUGAGCAUCAAGCCAGAAGCCAUCGGCGUUGCCGUGACUGAUAAGGCAAGGCCUCGAGGCAGCUUUUCUUCAGAGAAGGGCAUGCUGAAGUACAUGCCCACAGGGAACCCAUUCGCGAGUCCAAAAGAUCGACUAUCGUGGCCAGAAUUCGGCAAAGAGCUUGGGCCAGAGAGAUACCGGCGUGAUAGCAUUUCCACCAUCUUUGAUGAUGAUCUCGAGCAGCAACCGACUCAGGCUGGAGUCGCGACCAGAGCAAGGGCGACAACUAUAACCUGGUCAGACAGGCCGAAGAACAUGCCACAGCCGCUUCAGCUUAAGCCCGGCCACACUCCUUCUGCGUCUGUGGAUUCUGGCGAUACCGGGACUAAAUCCAAUGCUCUCUCGCUCACGCCCACUUACGACAAUGGACAAUUUGCGCCUUUCAACAGCGAACCACCAGUACAGAACAGUAUCGCUGGUGCACUUGCAGCCAGCGCGGCGACUGCGGGACCAAAUCAGAGCUCCCGUCUAUCGCUUGAGCCUAGCGGCGUGGCAACCUCACCAAAGCGCAAUAAGCUGCAGAAGAAGUCGACCAACCCUUUCAAAGCUCUCAUGUCCCCAAGGGGUCCGCCAAAGAGGGAGGUCUUGACGCCAACCUACAACAUCAGCGCUCCUUUCAUCGCCGCACCAGAAUCGAACGAACAGUCAUUAUACCGAGGCGAACCCUCGCCACUGGCGCCGCGCCCCCUCCAACUCAACUCCAAUCGACCUUUCUCACCGAGCUCCUUCAUGCCAGUUCCCAAGGGCAUUCGACCCAGCCGACGCAGUUCUGUAGCCCUGCCAAGUGCCGCGGUGAUCGGCAAUGCCACAGACAGCACCUCCUCUGAUGGUCUUGCGUCGCAAUACUCGCUCGACUUCCCUGUCCCACCCAGUCGAGCAACCUUGCGCGAUGGUGCGCCCAGUGGGCUAGGGCUUGGAACAAGUCGAGGCUCUAUUCCAGUUCCACCACUAACACCUCCUUCACCACUCAUGAAGGGCAGAAGAGGCGAAACGAUGUAUGAAAGUGUGUACUCUACGGACUCAGCAGGAACAGGCUUCGGUGAUCAGCAGUUGUCGCCGAAGUCCCGAGCGAAAGUCACCCCUACAAUGAAGAACUCUGUGGGCGACUUGUUCUUCAAGGUUGAGAUGCGGUAG